UGUUUUCAGAAGCAUAAGUAGUGCCCAUUCCUUCACACUGUUACAUAGGCAGUGCACUGUAUAUCUUUGAUUCCGUGCAUUAACCAAAAAUCAUGAUGUCCCGAGUCUUCCUAUCCUCGAUUAUUAUUACCUUUAUCCGCUGCGCCUUGGCUGACACCUGCUCGUCAGUGGAAGCACUGCGCUACAUAAAUGUAUCCCGCUCCCUAGACCUCGCUUAUAUCGAGGAGCAGUCCCAGUACUGGUCCACUUCAUGUUCAGCCCUGACUCCCUCUUGUAUUAUCUUUCCCAAGUCAGCGGAGGAAGUUGCCACCGUCGUGACAAUCCUUGCCAACAAUAGUGAAACAUUCGCGGUCAAGAGUGGCGGACAUAAUCCCAACAAUGGCUUCUCCAGUGUCCAAGGUGGGCCGUUGAUCGUCACGGAACAUCUCGACCAGGCCAAUGUGAACCAAGCGACUGGUGUUAUUGAUGUGGGACCUGGUAAUCGACUAGAUGGAAUUGCAGCCAAGUUGCAAGGGAGUGGAUGGACGUUCGUUGGCGGUAGGAUUGGGAACACCGGUGUAGGCGGUCUUGUGCUCGGUGGUGGACUGUCAUACAUGUCAGCACAAUAUGGAUGGGCUGCCAGCAUGGUCCUUGAGUACACGAUAGUGUUCGCGAACGGGACUAUUGGUUACAUCAACAACGACAACUACCCCGAUCUAUUCAAGGCCCUGAAAGGUGGUGGGAACAACUUUGGUAUUGUUACCAACUACAGAUUGCAAGGGCAGCGUCAAGGAAACGUAUGGGGCGGCAAUCUCGUUUACUUGAGGACACCAGAGAAAGAUGUCAAGCUUCUCAAAGCAGUACGUGAUUUCACAGAAUACAAUGACGACCCCAAGGCUGCUGUCAUUGUGACCGCAGAGCGCACCAAUGUCAACUUGGUGGACUCAUGGAUCAUCUUCCUCUUCUACGACGGCCCCUCUCCCCCAGCAGGCAAGUUCGACAACUUCACAGAUGUCAACCCGCUUAUGGACACCACCCGAGAGCGCACGUACGCCGAUCUCAUGGCCUCGAGCAACUGGGUCGUCCUGAAGGGGGUCGUGGUGGACAUUGCCACGGAAACUAUCCCGCUUCCCAAGGCCGAAGACGAGGGCAAAGUGAUGGAGGAACUGCACAGUCACUGGAGAAACGUCACUGAGACCACACUACUUGAGCCCGGCAUCGUGGCGUCCAUUGCGUGGCAGCCAUUCCCCAAGGCCAUCGCCAGGGAAGCACGCGCGCGUAGCCCGGAUCUCAUCGAUGCGGAUGACUCUGUCGAUCGCAUCAUCAUCGAGAUGAACUACGCGUUCGCCCUGCAGACGAGCUAUGACAGGAUGGCUGACACAAUGGAGGCGACGUAUGGCGGCGUAAGAGAGAGGAUCUUGGGCUGGCAGCAGGAUCGGACUCUUGAGGAAAGCUACAAUCCCGUGUUUAUGAAUUACGGGUUCUUCCGCCAAGACUACUUUGGGAGACUGAAGCCAGAGAACAGGGCGCUGGCGAAACGGGUGCAAGAGGAGGUGGACCCAAACGGGCUCUUCCGUACUAGGACCGGCGGAUGGAGGCCCUAACUUCUUUUCCUAUUGUUGUAGCCCUCUGUGGGCGAAUUGAUCUGGUGGUUUGCUCAGAUGCAGUCAUGUAGUCAAGUCAAGUCAAGUCAACCCUGAA